CUGACGUUUAUGUCCUUACGCUUGGAAACUGAGAUUUUAACCGUUCAGCUAGCCAGUAUUUCACCAAAAGUUAUAUACAUUGUACCUAAAAUGAGCGUUACAACUUGUGACUACAUUUAAGCUGAGAAGAUGGAGGGCAAAACUACGCCUUAUUUUGGGGCACUCGUGCCAUAUCCUCCCAGCAAACCUCCAGAGCCCAGGCUCCCAACUCAAAGUCACAGGCGCCUCCAUUUAAUCAGGAAAUGCUCUCUGAAUGAACAGGAGGGCCUCUACUCACAAGAUAUUACACCCGGGUUCCAGUUUCUUACAGUUGGACCUAAAAUCCAGCAAAGGUCACAGGGCCAAUCCAACCUUCAGUUAAGUGAGUACAACACACCAAAAGUUACAACAGUCAAGACUUCAUCUGACCAGUACAAGUUUGUUGAUAAGGAUUACCAUGGACCUAUCUCACAGCUAUCUCAGAAUCCUUACUUCUGCAGGCAUGGAGAUACACCUAAGGUCCAGUUACCCUAUCAAACCAUUCCUGGCCAGAUACCUCGCAAGUUAGCGAUAGAAAGACGUCGAAGGGAAUACUUGAAAUUAGAUUUUGAACAGCUCCUGGCAGAAAAAGGCAUAGACUCCAAUCUUAUAAUGCCAAGAAAUCCGAGGAGUAGUGAUGAGGAUGUGACAACAUCAGACAAUCAUGUAUCCCCCUGUCUCCCACUGGAGAUAUUUGACAAUGAGGAGUAUGACUGCUGGACUCCAGAAGACUGGCUUGCCCUGGGCAAAGCUGAAGGAUCACCUGAUCAAAAACCUAUCCCUGCAAAAGCACUGCUGCCUACAGAUAACAGUACUUCUUCUGAGGACACCAAAAGCUCCUGCUUGGAGUACAGCUGGCAUUUAGUUGGGGUUCUUGACUACAGUAGAGACAAAUGCCAGUACCUGGUGCACAAGGUUCACCAAGUGUCAGAUGAGGAAGGAAAUCCUAUUCUAAACGAAGGACACAAAAAUAGCAAAUUUCCUGGAGUAAACCCUUUGCUACCAGGCACUGAGCACUGGGUACCCAGGAUCAGACUGUUAUUCUUUGCUGAGGACCCACGUGUCUUUGUUGAACGGAUUCAGUUUGCCCUACGCUUGAGGGAAAAUACAGAGGCCCUGCUCUUCUACCACUUGUCUGUGGACUGCAUGCCUAUCUGGAAGGGAACGCCAUCUCUUGAUACCCACAGUCUGCAGUAUAUGAAAAAAGCCCUUUCAACCCCUGGGCUCAGGCUGGAAAUUAUUGAGAAGUGUAUAGGGGACUUGGAGAAAGAGGUCAAACUGGAAUAUUACCGUACUAUGAACUGCAUGACCUUUGACAAAGUUGUGAUGAGCAAUUCAGAGGAGUUUUCACACAUCACCCAGCCAAAGAAGGACCCUGAGCAUCUACCACAAAAAGGGUGCAUUCCAAUUCCUCACUUUGACUAUAAGAAGAACCAAGCUGUAUUUGUCUUCCGCUCCCUGCUGAGAAAGCCAGAAGUGAUCUGUGUAUUAUCUGAAGUAAGGUCUGAGUGUAACAAGGUAGCAACCAUGAGGCUGUUCAAUGUCACCUUGACCAAACCGCUGCAACUGGAUGAGUUUGAGGUCAUCCAGACUCAAAUACAUACUAAGAUAAGCUUGCUUCUUCGGGAGUCAUGGACGAACACGCUGAGCAACAGCAUCCGUUCCAACCUGGGAAAUAUUGGCAAGGGCUCAUACAACGUCAACGAGUCUCACUGGGAUAUGUACAAAAUGUCCAGGCUAUACGGACUAAUGGGUGUCGUGCGUUUCAGAAUGCAGGACUCCCUGCGCCACCUUGUGCAGAACUCGCUGGUCAGCCUGACUCGCCUUGUGUUGGACGCCUGCCACAGUGUGCUGACAUGUCCUCAGGACCUGGUCUGGGGGAGUGACCUUAUCACUAGUCCGUACAAGCCAAAAAAGAACCCUCUGUUCCUGGUGGACUUGGUUCUGGACCAGAAUGGGGUUCAGUACAGCACACCGCUGGAGAAUUUUGAGACGUCUAUUGUUAACCUGUUUGAUAGGAGCAUUUUGGCAACGUACAAUGUACCCCAGCUUGAUAAGUUUGUGAUGCAGAAGUUGUUUAUUGGUGAUGAUCCAUUACUGGAGUCAGUGAAUUUGUGGGAACCAGAAGUAACUGAGCAGCGAGAGAAGGUCCGCAAUGCACUGAUACAAGCAGCCAUCCCCCUCAGGGCUUAUGCUACUGAAUAUGAAGAGCAUUUAGAUCUACACAACUUGGACAUAGACACCCUUCUCAACUCUCAUACCCAUGCUGAACAGACAUCCCAAGAAGUGAAGAAAGAGGUGGAACAACAUCUCAAAGAAAUGGAAAAGAUCCAACACUCCUUGCCAUCCUACAUUGUGAUUGGUCCAUUUAUUGUCCGUGUAGACACUGUACGUCAGGCUCUCUCCAGCAAAAGAAAGGCUUUAGCCAAUGCAAUGCUGUGUCACCUGGCUCUGAAGCUACGCAAGAAGGUUGAUGAUGCAUGUGAAAAGUGUAACAUUAUAAGUAGAAAGCUACAGGAGAUGCCCAACAGCAUUGAGGAACUGACUGAAAAGAGAGAAUGGAUGAAACAAAUCCCAGAACAGCUCAAGAGUUACAAGGAACUUAUUGGCAAGACCCUGUCAGACUAUGAGGUACUAGAGGAACUUUGGUACUGUCUUUCAGAUGAGGAUGCUAAUAAAAAGUGGACAGCUAUUGGAUGGCCUCAAAGGAUAAUCAACCAGAUGGAGGCAGCAGCAGUCCAGCAUGUGGAGGAUGAGGAGCGCUUCCGCAAGAUCCAGCUAACUGAUCAGAACAACUUUGGGGAGCACCUAGACACUCUACAGAUGCUGGUUGCUGGGUUUACGGCCCAUGUAGACAUUGAUCAUGCCCAUGAUAUGGCCAAUGAGAUGAGGCGUGCACGGGAGCAGCUCAAGGAAUGCCAGACCUUGGCCCAAACCUACAACACCAGAGAACGUUUGUUUGGUCUUCCUGUCACGAACUAUGAUCGUCUGCAAAAGCUGGUUAAGGAUUUCCAGCCUUUUAAAGACCUAUGGACCACCACCUCUGAUUGGCUACAUUCGCAUGAGAGCUGGCUGAAUGAUUCACUAUCUUCCAUUGAUCCUGAGCAGCUUGAGCGCAAUGUUACAGAUGCCCACAAGACCAUGCACAAAUGUAUUAAACAGUUCAAGGACAUUCCUGAGUGCCAGAUGGUGGCAACUGUAAUCCGCAACAAGAUUGAGGACUUCCUUCCUUACAUCCCUCUGAUUCAAGGCCUAAGGAACCCAGGGAUGAAGAGUCGCCACUGGGAGAUGCUUUCUGAACGCAUUCAGAUGGAAGUAAAGCCCAAAGCGAACCUGACCCUCUCCCGCUGCCUGGAGCUUGGCCUGCAGAACCACGUGGAUGACAUAGCUCAUGUGGCUGAGGUGGCUGGGAAAGAGUACACCAUUGAGCAGGCGCUGGAAAAGAUGGAGCAAGAGUGGACAACAGUAGUUUUUGAUGUGCUGCCCUACAAGGAGACAGGCACCUACAUUCUGAAGAGCCCAGAUGAAGCAUCCCAGUUGCUGGAUGACCACAUUGUCAUGACGCAGAGCAUGUCCUUCUCUCCCUUCAAGAAAGCCUUUGAGGACCGCAUCAACACCUGGGAGAGCAAGCUCAGAAUGACUCAAGAUGUGCUGGAGGAGUGGCUGACAUGCCAGCGCUCCUGGCUCUACCUGGAGCCCAUCUUCAGCUCCGAUGAUAUCAACCAGCAGCUGCCUGUGGAGGGAAAAAGAUACCAGCACAUGGAGCAAAUAUGGAAAAGAGUCAUGAAAAGUGCCUUUAACAAUCGAAUGGUGAUUAAGCUGUGUCCAGAUGCUCGUCUACUGGACAAACUUAAGGAGUGCAACGUACUUUUGGAGCACGUGCAGAAGGGUCUCAGUGAGUACUUGGAGACAAAACGAGGCUCCUUCCCCAGGUUUUACUUCCUGUCAGAUGAUGAGCUCCUGGAGAUUCUCUCCCAGACCAAAGAUCCCAAUGCUGUUCAACCACACCUGCGCAAAUGUUUCGAGAACAUUGCACAGCUUCAAUUCCAGUCAGAUCUACAGAUCACACAUAUGUACUCUGGAGAAGGGGAGGAGGUGAAGCUGUUCCUGCCAGUGUGGCCAACUGGAAAUGUGGAAAACUGGCUAAGGGAUGUGGAGAAGUCUAUGAAGGCCACGUUGAGGGAUAACAUUGACCGCUCACUCAAAGUCUACCCUGAGCAUCCUCGUGUAGAGUGGGUGUUAUCAUGGCCUGGUCAAGUGGUGAUAGCAGGCUGUCAGGUCUUCUGGACUGCUGAGGUGUCUGAGGCUUUGGAGCGGGGAGACUUGGCUGACCACCUUUACCCCCAACUACAGACACAGCUGGGUGACUUGGUGCAGCUAGUGAGACAAGGUCUCUCUAUGAUGCAGCGAGCUGUGCUGUCAGCCCUCAUCGUCAUAGAGGUCCAUGCUAAGGAUGUAGCAGCCAAGCUGGUGGAGCAGGAGGUCUCAAGCAUCAAUGACUUUGAAUGGAUCAGCCAGCUCAGGUACUACUGGGCAAAAGAUGACUUGUACAUCCGUGCUGUGAAUGCAGAGUUCUUAUAUGGAUAUGAGUACCUAGGUAACUCUGGACGCCUAGUCAUCACACAGCUCACUGACAGAUGCUACCUGACCCUGACAGGAGCACUGCACCUGAAGUUUGGAGGAGCUCCAGCAGGUCCAGCAGGGACAGGAAAGACAGAAACCACUAAAGACCUGGGAAAGGCUCUUGCCAUCCAAACAGUGGUUUUCAAUUGCUCUGAUCAGCUGGACUUCAUUGCUAUGGGCAAGUUCCUCAAAGGACUGGCAAGCUCCGGUGCUUGGGCAUGCUUUGAUGAGUUUAAUCGUAUUGAUGUGGAGGUGCUGUCUGUCGUGGCACAACAGAUCACCACUAUACAAAAGGCCCAACAGCAAAGGGCAGAGCGGUUUAUGUUUGAGGGGUCAGAGAUCCCUCUUGUCCCUUCUUGUGCUGUAUUCAUCACUAUGAAUCCUGGUUACGCUGGACGCACAGAACUACCUGACAAUCUUAAGGCCCUGUUUCGUCCUGUGGCGAUGAUGGUUCCCAACUAUGCAAUGAUAGCUGAGAUCUCCUUGUACUCCUUUGGCUUCAGUGAUGCCAAAGUCCUCUCCAAGAAGAUCACCACCACUUUCAAGCUCUCCUCUGAACAGCUCAGCUCUCAGGAUCAUUAUGAUUUUGGUAUGAGAGCUGUGAAGACUGUGAUUUCAGCGGCUGGAAACCUGAAGAGAGAAAAUCCUAACAUGAAUGAGGAGCUGAUCUGUCUGCGAGCCAUUCAAGAUGUCAAUGUACCAAAGUUUUUACAGGACGACUUGAAGCUCUUCCACGGUAUUGUGUCCGAUCUUUUCCCUAAGACAAAACAGGAGCCAAUCAACUAUGGCACACUCGAAGAGUCAAUGCGCAAUGUUUGCACCAAAAAGAACCUCAAAGAUGUGGAUGGGUAUAUUAGUAAGUGUAUUCAGCUGUAUGAGACUACUGUGGUGAGACAUGGCCUGAUGUUGGUGGGGCCCUCUGGAUCUGGUAAAACCAAGUGCUAUGAGAUACUAGGUGCAGCAAUAACAGCUCUGAAGGGCCAGCCCUCUGUGAGUGGUGGUGUGUAUGAGCCAGUUCACACAUAUGUCCUCAACCCCAAAUCUAUCACCAUGGGACAGCUCUAUGGGGAGUAUGACUUGCUCACACACGAGUGGACAGAUGGUAUCCUUUCAUCACUUAUACGUGGCGGAGCAGCAUCUAUGGACAAAGAGAAAAAAUGGUACAUGUUUGAUGGGCCAGUGGAUGCUGUGUGGAUUGAGAACAUGAACACUGUACUGGAUGACAACAAAAAACUGUGCCUUAGCUCUGGGGAAAUCAUUAAGCUCACUGAUGUGAUGACCAUGAUGUUUGAGGUUCAGGAUUUGGCGGUGGCUUCCCCAGCCACAGUUUCUCGCUGUGGUAUGGUCUACCUAGAGCCCAGUAUUUUGGGCCUCAUCCCUUUUACAGAGUGCUGGCUGAAGCAAGUCCCUCAAGUCUUGAAACCAUACACGAAGAAGCUCAACUCCCUAUUUGCCAGAUUCCUGCAGGACUCCAUCACAUUUGUCCGCACAUCAGUAAAGGAGGUCAUUGUGUCCCUUGACAGCAACCUUGCCUGUAGUCUGCUUAAACUAAUGGACUGCUUCUUCCAUCCCUUUGACUUUAAAGAGGAUGAAAGGCCACUACCUCAAAAGAACCUGGACUGCCUGAACGAGCUGAUCGAGCCCUGGUUUUUUUUUUCUCUGGUGUGGAGUGUAGGAGCCACAGGAGACGCAGCCAGCUGUCAGCGCUUCAGUGCUUGGCUCAAGAACAAGAUGGCAGAGGAGAAGAUUAAAUUAUGUUUUCCAGAGGAGGGCCUUGUAUAUGACUACAGGCUUGAUGAUGCAGGGAUCAGUAACUUGGAGGAUGAUGACGAAGAUGAGGAAAGAAAAGUCCAGUGGAUCAGCUGGAUGAAAUACGCAAAGAGUGUUGUAAUCACUCCAGAGACAAAUUAUGCUGACAUCAUCAUUCCUACUGCUGACACAAUGAGAAUGUCCUUCCUGAUGGAUAUGUUGUUAACCAAUAAGAAACCUGUGCUCUGUAUUGGGCCAACUGGCACAGGAAAGACCCUGACUAUGUCAGACAAGCUGCUCAAGAACAUGCCUUCUGAAUACAUCACAAACUUCCUCAUGUUCUCUGCCCGCACCUCAGCCAACCAGACUCAAGAUUACAUCGACAGUAAACUAGACAAAAGGCGGAAGGGUGUGUUUGGGCCUCCAAUAGGGAAGUACUUUAUCUUUUUCAUUGAUGAUCUAAACAUGCCAAUGUUGGAGACUUACGGUGCCCAGCCACCUAUUGAACUGCUGCGGCAGUGGAUGGACCAUGGAGGCUGGUAUGACAGGAAGCAGAUAGGUACUUUCAUGCAUGUGGUGGACAUCAAUUUUGCCUGUGCCAUGGGACCUCCAGGUGGAGGCCGGAAUCCUAUCACCCAGCGCUUCACACGCCACUUCAACUUCCUGUCCUUCACUGAAAUGGAUGAUACCAGCAAGAAGAUGAUUUUCUCCACCAUUCUAGGCAGUUGGAUGGAGGGAAAUAUGAGUAAAAAGGAACCAGGAAGACCUGUGCCAGCAAUCCAGCCACUGAAUGAGUCUCUUGUAGAUGCCACUAUCCGGAUCUAUACCACCAUUACCUCCCAGCUUCUUCCAACUCCAUCCAAGUCUCAUUACACCUUCAACCUGAGAGACCUGUCCAAGGUCUUCCAGGGCAUCCUCAUGGCUGAGGCAGGCACGAUAGAGGACAAAUUGCAGCUGCUGCAGCUGUGGUACCACGAAAGCUGCCGGGUUUUCCAGGACCGCCUGGUGUGUGCUGAGGACAGAGACUGGUUCAACAGGCUCCUGAAAGAUUGCAUUCAGGGGUUUGACUGCAGCUUUGAAGACGUUGUGCCUUGUCAACCUGUUCUGUAUGGAGAUUUCAUGAUUCCUGGAGCUGACCACAAAGUCUACACCCUCAUAGAAGACAAGGAAAAGUUAGCAAAAGUGAUGGAGGAAUACAUGGAAGACUACAACCAGAUCAGUACCACCAAGAUGAAGCUGGUGCUCUUUAUGGAUGCCAUUGAACAUGUGUGCCGUAUCAGCCGUAUCCUUCGCCAGCCCCUGGGCAAUGCCCUGCUGCUUGGAGUGGGUGGCAGUGGGCGCCAGUCACUCACUAAGCUGGCAUCACAUAUGUCAGAAUAUGAGUGUUUCCAGAUUGAAUUGUCCAAGAACUACGGUCAAACAGAGUGGAGGGAGGAUAUUAAAAGCAUCAUGCUGAAGGCUGGUCUUCAGAACCAGCAGAUAACCUUCCUCUUUGUAGACACACAGAUUAAGAGUGAGUCAUUCCUGGAAGAUAUCAACAACAUUUUGAACUCUGGCGAUGUUCCUAACCUGUAUGCAUCAGACGAGCAGGAGCGCAUCCUGGCAGCAAUGAAGCCAGUGGUGCUAGACCUGGGGCAGCAGCCAACUAAAGCCAACCUCAUGGCUGCCUACAUCAGGAGGGUUCGCAGCAACAUCCACAAUGUGCUCUGCAUGAGUCCUAUGGGUGAGGUGUUUCGCGCACGGUUGAGGCAGUUUCCCUCACUGGUGACAUGCUGUACCAUAGACUGGUUCAGCGCCUGGCCAGAAGAAGCUUUGCAAGCUGUAGCCACAUCGUUUCUUAAUGAGCUGCCUCAGCUAGAAGCCAGCCCCACAGCCAUGAGGGGACUGACAAGUAUGUGUGUAAAGAUCCACCAGAUGGUAGCCAGGAAGAGUGAACAGUACCUGGUUGAGCUUUCACGCUACAACUAUGUCACACCCAAGAGCUUCCUGGAACUUCUCAAAAUCUUCUCGGAUCUCAUUGGACAAAAGAAGCAAGAACUGUGUGCUGCUCGUCAGCGCAUGAAGACUGGUCUGGACAAGCUCCUUAGCACAGCAGAGGAUGUGAGUAAAAUGCAAGAGGAACUGGAGACAAUGAGACCUCUUUUGGAGGAGGCUGCAAGGGAGACUGAAGUCACCAUGGAGACAAUCAAAAAAGACACAGUGGUUGCAGAGGAGACCCGAAAGUCAGUGCAGGCAGAGGAGGAGAAAGCUUCAGAGAAAGCCCGUUUUGCAGGCGCCAUCGCAACAGAUGCCCAGAAAGACUUGGAUGAGGCUCUGCCAGCCCUGGAUGCUGCCCUCACCAGUCUCAAGUCACUCAAUAAGAAUGACGUCACUGAGGUGCGAGCAAUGCAACGACCACCCCACGGGGUGAAGUUGGUUAUUGAAGCAGUUUGCAUUAUGAAGGGCAUUAAACCCAAAAAGGUACCUGGAGAAAAGCCUGGCACCAAGAUCAAUGACUACUGGGAACCUGGAAAGGGUCUGUUACAGGACCCUGGCAAGUUUCUGGAGAGCUUAUUCAAGUAUGAUAAGGAAAACAUCCCAGAUAGUGUGAUCAAUUUAGUCCAGCCCUACAUAGAUAAUGAAGAAUUCCAGCCAGACUCCAUUGCCAAGAUUUCAAAAGCUUGUACCUCCAUUUGCCAGUGGGUGCGAGCCAUGCAUGUCUAUCACUUUGUGGCCAAGGGUGUGGAACCUAAAAGGAAAGCUCUCCAGGAGGCCCAGGAGGACUUAGCUUCGACCCAACUCAUCCUGGAUGAUGCCAAAGGCAAGUUGGCAGCGGUGGAGGGCGGCAUUGCCACUUUACAGGCCAAGUACCAGGACUGUCUGGCUAAGAAAGAUGAGCUGGACAACAAGUAUCAACUGUGUGAGGCCCGCCUUGUCCGAGCAGACAAGCUUAUAGGCGGACUGGCAGAUGAAAAAGUGCGCUGGAAGGAAACUGUGCUUCAUCUGGAUUACAUGGUUAAUAAUGUAGCAGGUGACGUGCUUCUAUCUGCAGGAUACAUUGCAUACCUGGGACCCUUCACUGGGGAAUACAGGGCAGCCAUGGCAGAGGAAUGGCUGCAUUGUUUCAAAGAGCUAAGUGUUCCACACACUGAAGAACCCAACCUGAUCAACACCCUAGGAAAUCCAGUCAAGAUCCGCUCCUGGCAGAUAUCAGGUUUGCCCAAGGAUAAUCUUUCAGUGGAGAAUGGUGUGAUUGCUCAGUACUCUCUGCGUUGGGCUCUGUUCAUUGAUCCUCAGGGACAAGCCAACAAGUGGAUAAAAAAUAUGGAGCAGGACAAUACGUUAGAGGUUAUGAAGCUUAGUGACCGGGACUUCCUACGUAGUCUUGAAAACGCCAUUUGCUUUGGUAAACCCUGUCUUUUAGAGAAUGUAGGAGAGGAGCUAGAUCCUGCUCUAGAGCCUGUCCUGUUGCAACAGACAUUUAAGCAGCAAGGCAGCACAGUGCUGAAGCUUGGCGAUUCAGUCAUUCCCUACCAUGAAGGUUUCAAGAUGUACAUCACCACCAAGCUGCCAAAUCCACACUAUUCUCCUGAGGUCUCUACCAACGUCACGCUCAUUAACUUCACCCUGUCUCCCAGUGGUCUAGAGGACCAGUUGCUGGCCCAGGUGGUCGCUGAGGAGCGUCCAGACCUGGAGGAUGCUAAGAACCAGCUGAUCAUCAGCAACGCCCAAAUGAAACAGGAGCUGAAAGAAAUUGAGGAUGAGAUCCUGUCCCGACUCAGCUCCACAGAGGGAAACCCUGUGGACAAUGUGGAGCUCAUCCAAGUAUUGGGGGCCUCCAAGAUCAAAGCUGGAGAAAUCAAGGCCAAAGUGAUGGCAGCAGAAAAGACAGAACGAGACAUUGAUGCCACCCGUCUGGAGUAUGUACCAGUGGCUGUGCGCACGCAGAUCCUCUUCUUCUGUGUAUCAGACCUAUCCAUUGUCGACCCAAUGUACCAGUACUCCCUGGAGUGGUUCCUUGGCAUCUUCAUGGCUGGCAUUGCCAACUCUGAGAGAGCAGACACUGUGAAAAAGAGAAUCACCAACAUCAAUGAAUUUUUCACCUUCAGCCUGUACAGCAAUGUGUGCCGCAGUUUGUUUGAGAAGCACAAACUCAUGUUCGCCUUCCUUCUCUGCACUCGCAUCAUGAUGAAUGAGAACAAAAUUGACAAGGCUGAAUGGCGCUACCUGCUAUCUGGAGGGAUGCCCAUCCAAGAGAUGACCAACCCCGCAGUUAGCUGGCUAUCAGAGCGCGCCUGGCAGGACAUCCUGGGCCUCAGUGCUCUGGACAACUUCAGCAAACUGGCAGAGAGCUUCGCCAAACAUCUGCAGGGUUUCAAAAGAAUUUUUGACAGCAACCAGCCUCACAGGGAGCCCCUCCCAGAAGAGUGGGACACAGAGCUGGACUCAUUCCAGAAGCUGUUGAUCCUGCGCUGUCUGAGGGCUGACUGCCUCGUCCAAGGCCUGCAGGACUUUGUCUCAGCUCAGCUGGGACAGCGCUUCAUUGAACCUCAGACGUCAGACCUGUCUGUGGUGUUUGCAGAGUCAUCCCCCUCCACUUCUCUCAUUUUUGUCCUUUCCCCUGGCACUGACCCUGCUGCUGACCUCUACAAGUUUGCUGACGUCAUGCAAUUCUCCAAGAAAAUGAGUGCCAUCUCUCUGGGCCAGGGCCAGGGCCCCUGGGCUGAGACUAUGAUGCACGCUGCCAUGGAAAAAGGUCAGUGGGUCUUUUUCCAGAACUGUCACCUGGCUCCCAGCUGGAUGCCAUCAUUGGAGAGACUCAUCGAAAACAUCAAUCCAGUAAAGGUGCACAAGGACUUCCGCCUAUGGCUCACAAGUCUUCCAAGCAACAGGUUCCCAGUGUCCAUUCUCCAAAAUGGUUCCAAGAUGACAAUUGAGCCUCCCAGGGGGAUCAAGGCCAACCUACAGAAAACCUACCUGAGGCUUACUAAUGAUUUCAUCUCCUCUUCCACCAAGAUAACGAACUUCAAGUCUUUGCUCCUGUCUCUGUGUCUGUUCCAUGGAAUUGCUUUGGAGCGAAGGAAGUUUGGCCCUUUGGGUUUCAAUAUUCCCUACGAGUUCACAGACGGAGACCUAAACAUCUGCAUCAGCCAACUCAAAAUGUUCCUGGAUGAGUACCAGGACAUCCCAUACAAGGUGCUAAAAUACACCGCAGGGGAGAUAAAUUAUGGCGGCCGUGUGACAGAUGAUUGGGACAGACGAUGUCUGCUCAGUGUGCUAGAGGUUUUCUAUUGUCCCGCUGUUCUUAUUGAUGAUCAUGUCUACUCUUCGUCUGGAGUCUACCGGCAGAUAGACACAAAUCUGGAUAUCAAGGGUUACUUGGCAUACAUUCGUGGUUUGCCCAUCAACGAUACACCUGAGAUUUUUGGUCUCCAUGACAACGCGAACAUCAGCUUUGCCCAGAAUGAGACCUUUGCCCUGCUUGGAGCCGUGGUUCGUCUGCAGCCUCGAGCUGCAUCUGCUGGGGGGAAAAGUCAAGAGGAGAUAGUGGAGGAGAUAGUGGCAGGCAUUGCUGAAAAGAUCCCACGGCCUUUCAGCGUCCAGGAACUGAUGGAAAAGUACCCAGUCCUUUAUGAAGAAUCCAUGAACACAGUGCUCAUCCAGGAGGUCAUCAGAUAUAACAAGCUGCUUGCGGUCAUCUCUCAGAGUCUCAGUGAUAUUGUCAAGGCUCUGAAGGGUUUAGUGGUGAUGUCAUCAGAACUGGAGCUUAUGGCCAUGAGCCUGUUCAACAAUGUGGUGCCUGAUAUGUGGAAAGCCAAGGCCUACCCAUCUCUGAAGCCUCUGGCCUCCUGGGUGUCAGACCUGCUUCAGAGGAUCAGUUUCCUGCAGGGAUGGAUCUAUAAUGGCAUUCCACCUGUCUUCUGGAUUAGUGGCUUCUUUUUCCCACAGGCCUUUCUCACUGGAACCCUCCAGAAUUACGCCCGUCGCUACGGCACCUCAAUCGACACAAUUGGAUUUGACUUUGAGGUAAUAGAGAAGUCAGUGUCAGAAAUAACAGAGAAACCAAACGCAGGCUGCUACAUCCAGGGUCUAUUCCUGGAGGGGGCUCGCUGGGAUAAUGGGACAGGUCAGCUCACAGAGUCCAGGCCCAAGGAGCUCUACACGGAAAUGCCCGUCAUCUGGCUGAUCCCCAUGUCCAACCGCAAAACUCCGACCUCUGGGGUCUAUGUCUGUCCCAUCUACAAGACACUGACACGUGCUGGGACACUCUCCACUACAGGACAUUCCACCAACUACGUGAUGUCAGUGGAGCUGCCUUCAGAUCGCAAUCAGAGACACUGGAUCAAACGUGGAGUGGCCCUCAUAUGUGCACUGGACUAUUGAACAAAACAUACACAGACCUUUUAAUUUGCCAUUGUGCUUCAUACUGUGUGUGUGAUUUUGAACCCACAAUGAUGAUAAUUGCAGUUGUGGUUUCUGAAUCCUACUUCAAAUCAAACAGAUGCUUUCUCUUCACAUACUAUUUUACUAAAAAAUAGCUACUUAAAGCUCUUUAGUUUGUUUGUAGUUGUAAUUAAACGUUUUUCACAAUGCAAUAUUAAUUUGAUGUUUUCAUUUACAAUUAAUUGCUGUGUUGAAAAUAGAUUCAGCUGCACGGG